AUGUUAGAAAAAAAGUUUGCUGACAUUGACAAGAAAUUUGAGAAUGUUUUAAACAAGAACAAGAGGAAGUUAGAAAAUGCUCAGAUAAAACCUAUACAUGACAAGUUCUUAUUUGCUCAGAAUGGUAUAACAGGUCUAAUUGCACCACCUGGGUCGGGUAAGACUUUCACUUAUCUUAAAAUGGCUGCACAACAACAAGAACUAGAUGAGAAGAACCCAUUCUAUGAGUUAGUAGUCAUUUGUAGUACUUCUGGUCAAUUUGACCAAACCGUCAAUUCGUUCAAAGAUAUUAUAAAGAAGUCUAAGUUAGUAUGUAUAAAGGAUACUGAGUUGUUAGAUUGGAUAAAGAAGUACCAAAGAAGAGUUUUGAAGUAUAAUGCUAUAAAUGAGUAUAUAAAUUCUAAGUUUAAAGACCCAAAUGAGGAAAUGCAGAGAAUAUUAGAGAAGAAACACUUCAGAAACAAACAGAAAGAGAUAGAAUACAUUUCGAAGAAAUUGCAAUCUUACGAUUGGAAGACUUACCCUCAUAGAUGUCUUCUUAUUUUAGAUGACUU